AUGAUUUCAGUUAGAAAUAUUACCAAAAAUUUUGGCGAGAAGAACGUUUUAAACGGCUUAAACCUUGAGAUUCCACGCGGCGAAACCCUCGUCAUUAUGGGGCGAAGUGGGUCUGGUAAGAGCAUCCUACUCAAAAUUAUCACCGGACUGAUUCCUGCUGAUUCGGGUGAAAUUUGGUUUGAUGGCACAGAAAUCUCAAAACUGAAAGCCAAAAAAAUGAAUGUCCUCCGCCAAAAAAUCGGGAUGUUAUUCCAGUCUGCCGCCCUGUUUGAUUCGAUGACUGUUGCCGAAAAUGUCGCUUUUAUGCUUGAUCAGCAUACAAAUUACAGCAAACAGGAAAUGCGUAAGAUCGUUGAUGAGAAACUUGAACUUGUUGAUUUGGAAGGCGUUCAAGACUUACGACCCGCCGAAUUGAGCGGCGGCAUGCGAAAACGGGUCGGACUCGCCCGCGCACUCGCUUUUAAUCCAGAAGUCAUUUUGUACGAUGAACCCGACAACCGGACUUGA